AUUCUUUGCGCUGCACUGCGCUUCCCUCGACAAUGAGUAGCGACAGGCCUUUCAUUUCCUCUCCUUUUCUUCUAUUUUUACUGUCUAUGUGUCUGUGAUACGCAUAUGAUCUGCACGGCGCUGCAAUUCCCUGAUUGCUCUGCUUAUCGCCGCAGCAACGAUCCUGCAGCAGCGCACCCCCACCCAACCAUCAGCUAGUAGCAAGUAAUACACCAGCACCACCCUGUUUCAGCUCUGCAGCCGCCUGUCGGACGUCAUUCGCUCAGCCGGGAUGAGCUUCUCUCAGAGUAAAUAAUACAAAAUUCGGUCCAGUCUCCGCCAACUAACCCAUGCGCCGUCUCAUCUACGCGGGAGCAUCGGGUGCUUGGGAAUACCAGGAAAUAAAUACAUCAGGAAGAGGAGGAAUAAUACCAUGAGGUCCGGCCUGCAGAACCCCGGCGCGAUUCCGUUGCUGGCCAUGCUCGUUGCGGCGCUGUUGUCUGUGACGCCGAUUGUGUGCGAGGCAUGGACGAGGCAGAGUGUGGUUUUCGAAUGGAGUGACAGCGUCCUGGAUGUUAACCUGUGGCCUUCGGUUUCAUCAGCUUAUAGCAUUUCGCUUGAUGCGAAUAGCAACUCGACUGGUCGCUUGUUACAAUCCCGAUCUAUCGAGACGAAAAACAUGCAGCGCAUAUCUACUAUUGAGUCUAUAGGAAACAGCAACAAUAUCGAUGAGAAAGAAACAUGGUGGCAGCGGGUCUACCGGAUCUCGCCUCUAUCGUCAUGGUCGAUUUUCGGCUCUUCUCCAAUACAAUCCUCACAGCGACAUCUUACAAAUAAUGAACCGCGCAUAGCUGAUCCCCUUACACAAAAUCUCACUCCCUCGUCCAAGGAUAACAGCGUGAAUGAGGUCGCAUUUCACUCGGUCGUCGCCAAGCCUUCUCCUCCUACUUCCUCGCUCAAUAAAGCCAUCGUCGACUCAUCCAGCCCUGUAGAUCGAAACGGAAGUUUUCUGGCUGUUAUGGUCAGUUUGAUUGUUGCUAUUCUGUGGUUUUGAUGCAUAUUGGCUUGAUACUGGCAUUGAAAGAUUUUCCAUUUUCAUGAACAUGCAUGGUCACGGCGUUUUGGGUGGGAUACCCUCGUGGAUAUAUGGAGUUGGGUUGUUUUUAGGUGCAUGAUAAAUAUUGCCCCGUCAUUGGGCUCAUCCAUCGAGACAAACAUUAUGUCAUUAACGCAUGAAGAGUAAUUGAUUGAUAAUGACAAGAUUGUGAUUCUAUCUAUCAAGAAAUAAUA